GGCGCCAAUCGCGCGAUAAGACGGGGAAAAUGGUCUAGGCCGCGAUAAGCCUCCAACCGUGGACCUCCCUACCAGGGUGGCUCCAAGAGGUGCAUGUGCUCAUGCUCGUGUGCCUCGACUUGCCCCUCCAAAUAUUCCUGUUCCAUCCAUCACCUAGGAGGUUCCUGCAUAUUCUGCAUAGUAAUCGCCUCGCCGACGACAAAAACCGAGGCGCAAAUGCACCCGAACGCCGCUGGUUAACUGAGUUCAAGUAACAUUCGACCCCACCACCUCGGAUAUUGACUCUUGUUUCGUCAUGCUGACUUAUCACUGGCCAACAGCCUGACUGUCGUUUGUCCACGACUCGCUCGCGACAGUGACUGAUUGAUGCGGAACGUAUAACGACUAGCUUCAUCUCGAGACAAAACAACCACCACUGCGACCGUACACACCGAUAGAGUCGCCGGAGACGAUGCAAACGAUCUAAGAUGGCGAGCUCAGAUGGUGGAGCUGCUCCAGCUUCCCUCGACGAUCAACACCGCCUGCUCGACGAUGCAGGAGAAUCAAUAUCGGGCAGCUCCCACAUCGGGAGUGAUGCUUCAGACGACUCUUCCGAACGGGGGCAAUGUCGCUGGCGGACGUCUCGCUACCACGAUAUGGAAUGCUCUCGCUUCUUCGACUGUCCUACCCAUGUAGUCGAGAGGCAUCUCUCUGACGAUGAGGCCGACGACAGUGAGGCUGAGGAGGAGCCCGCAGUGCAGCAUCAGACGGGCGACGAUACGGCCGAAAGUUCAUCAAGCGCGAGGCUACUUACCGUCGAUUCUCCUGUGCCUGAAGAAACUCCAGAGCCGGCCCCAGCACCAAGCUUUGCGCCCGGGCCCGAGGAGACGAAUACGGGGCGACCAAGAGAACCAGUAGAUUCAGCACAGGCAACCUCAGCACGGGAUACUGAAGGGCCUGAUGAGUCUCAGGAUCCCGAGGAAGCCGCACCGGCACCACCAACACCUUUAAGCUCUCGACUUUCAGAGACUUCUCAACCUCUCCCACCGACUGCAACGCCUGCAACACCGACCGGAGAGUUUGUCCCACCGGAAAGAUCAUCGAGCUUGGUUACAUCGCAAGCGGCAAACGCAUCGUCACACGAUUCACCCUUACGCCCAGCUCUGAUAUCCAGCCGGUCUCACGAAACGCCGCCUCCGCCGCCACCCAGACGGGCGAGUUCUUCGGCUGCCAUUCAGCCUCCUUUGCGCGGUCAACAAGGAUCUGGAGAGAGAAGCGGUCCUCCCGAGUUUGUCGUUCCACGUUGGCAACCAGACGCAGAGGUUGUUCUUUGUCCGAUUUGCAACGUCCAAUUUAGCAUAUUUGUCAGGAAACAUCAUUGCAGGAAAUGUGGAAGAGUCGUCUGUAACGCCUGUUCGCCUCACAGAAUCACCAUUCCUUACCAGUACAUUGUUCAAGCGCCAGGACAACCGCGAUUGGCCGCUCAGAGAUACCCGUCUUCCCUCAUCAGUGGUGAGGGAGGAUAUGCAGAUUUCAGCAGCCUUGGUGGAGGAGAGCGCGUUCGUCUAUGCAACCCAUGCGUCCCAGACCCAAACACCACACCGCCGCAGCAGCCACUUGGCUCGCCUUCCCAGUUGUCUCCUCGAGGAUCGCAUUAUAGAUCGCAAAGCAGCAUCGGCACAAUGUCCAGCAACGCGCCCGCUCCCUCGCGGUUCUCUGGCUACUUCACGUCGAGCCCCUCCCCGGAGACCUAUGCCAGGUCUAGAAGCAUUACGCACUCCGGCUCCGGCGGGCCCUCGAGCUCUCGCGGACAUUACCAGUCCACUGGAAGUCGGAUCAUGGCAGGGACUCCGCCGACUUACUACCCGUCCUCAUCUUCCGGCUACCCAGGCUCAUCCCGCUAUCGAUCCAUGCUGGAUGUUGGUCCAUCGUCGUCCUCGUCGGCGCACUACAAUCGUGCGCUGCCGCCGCCGCCGCCCCAAAUAGCCGAGGAAGACGAAUGCCCGGUCUGCCAUCGAGAACUGCCCUCUCGGACCCUCCCCAACUUUGAGCAGCUGCGAGAGACACACAUUAACACCUGCAUCACUUCACACAGCGCUUACGGCGGUACACCGACGGGAGAGACCCCUCCAGUCGGAACGCCACCUCCCUUGGCGGUUCGCCGGACUGGUAUGUUCCCUUAUGUUGCCACAGAAAAGGACUGUGUCGACUCGGCCGAGUGUACCAUCUGCCUAGAGGAAUUCGAGGUGGGCGUUCCCAUGGCGCGUCUGGAGUGCCUAUGCCGUUUCCACCGAUCCUGUAUCUCAGCUUGGUUCAUCAACCAUCCUGGACGGUGCCCAGUCCACCAGCAUGAUAGUUUUGGCUAUUGAUACCUCGUGUUGUCGGUUCGUUACUUCUCCUCUUGCAGGCUCUGAUCUUCCGGCGUUUCGGUUUGCAUAGGGGCCUUUCAGUUUAACCAAGUCUUUCCUUUUAACGAUGCCUGCCUUCUUUCGUUUUGUUUUGACGACCAGAAUCCCAUCUCACCAUUGUCCGCCGCAACAACGCUAUGGGAACAGAUAACAUGAGUUGAGGCCGGGAAGCGGCUGUCGUCGUCAGCGGAUGUGAGCAUCUAGAAUGGUCGGGGCUGAUUUGCUUUUGUUUUUGUGGACUGGAUGGUCUCACGGUGCCUUGUUCUUCUUCAUAUAUACAUGUCAGCCAGUGUGCCAGGGUAUAAUACGUUUGCCAGUAAAUACUUCUGAAGCGAAACGGAGGAGGGAGAGGAGAGGAGGCGGCGUGCCGUUGCACAGAGUCACACUCUCUCACUCCCCUCGAUGGAGAUACCAGCCACUCAGAUUAGAUAGAUAUGUUAGGUUUGCGUCUAACAAUGAGAUGCCAUGCUCGCUUGUGGCGAUUUAGCUCGCCCUAGGUAUAUUCAAUUCUCGAUUUUCUCCCCAACUCGUGUCGCCUGCAUUAGCCAUCCAAAGGAGGGCAUUUGUUCUGUCACCCGAUUGCUCGCCCUGUCUUGAUUACUGAACCCAGUAUCUAGACACGGCUGUUUGUACGUUCACACCUAAAUGGUUGACGGAAUGAUCUGCCGCUCAUAUCGACUUUCUCUCGAUGCCUCUACUAUGCCUUUAUCGUUCCCUUUGGUGUUUCCUUUGCUGUUUCCCUUAUCAGUAUGAUAGCUACUUUUUCUUACUUCACGGAGUAUACUGUCUAUAUAAUGUACUUGAAGUAUCGCAGUACGACGGGAGGAGGACAGUCGAGACGAGGGAGUAUCGGCGAGAAACACAGUGAUAUGAGAUUUUCUUUAUUAAACAACAGAUUUAUUUCGUCGUCCACUUUGGCGCCUUCUAUUGGGAGGAAAGCAGUGCCUAACUGCCGU